GCUUCAUGUAGAGGUAGGUCAUCUGCGCUUCCUAAUCCCAGACCUGAAUCUCUACACCAGACCUGAACCCUAACCCUAUUCCUAACCCCAGACCUCAACCCCAACCCUGUUCCUAACCCCAGACCUCAACCCUAAUCCCAACCCUGUUCCUAACCCCAGACCUGAACCUCAACUCCAACAAUCCACAAACCUCCACCCUGUCUCUUACUGUGAUUUCACUGCACUUAUAAGUCUUUUGUCAUGAGUUUUCAUGUAAAACAUGAACUGUACUGUGAUUUUUCUUUCUGUUUUGUUCUUGCUGUACAAUUCAGUGUGCAACAGAAAAACCUGUGAGUUCAUCAUUUGUGAAUCCUUUCUCGGUGUCUGCAGUAUGCACAAACAUAAGGGUGUAAUUCUCCAGAUGACCACAGGCAGCAGCAGAUGGUCUUCUCUGCCUCACUCCGCCGCCGGUUACGUGAGAAGAAGGAUCUGCAGCACAAUCCGUAGAAGAAGACAGACUGUCGUUCCUCCAGCGGAUCUACACAACAGUCUGUCAGUUAGCAGUAGCAUUAGCUGAAACCUUAGCUUCAUUAGCUCGUUUUUACCGUGAAAUCGUAAACGUCAUACGUAACAGCCGCCGUGCAAUGGUCCUGUUGCCAUGGCGACAAUGCAGGUGACGCUGUCGGAGCGAAUUGCGACGGCCCACUCGCUACUGCAGCGGGCGGAGCAGCUGAAUCGUGGGGUGGAAGGUCACGGGAAGUUGUGCGCUAAACUCCGUGCCGAGCUGCGCUUCCUGCAGCGUGUCGAAUCUGGAGAGCUCAUCGUCAAAGAGUCGCACCUGCACAGCACCAACCUGACGCACCUGAGUGCCAUUGUGGAGUCUGCGGAGAACCUGGAGGGCGUGGUCGCUUUGCUGCAUGUCUUCACGUACCGCGAUGUGGUUGGAAACCGGUGCACGCUGGUGGUCGACGUAGUUGGCAACAAUGGACACACGUGGGUGAAGGCGGUUGGACGAAAGGCAGAGGCGCUGCACAACAUAUGGCAGGGGCGGGGCCAGUACGGAGACAAGAGCAUUGUCAGGCAGGCUGAGGACUUCCUGCUCGCUGCUCGACAGACGCCUGUCGAAUACACUGAGCCCCGUGUGGUCUUUGCCUUCUAUAAUGGUGUGUCCAGGCCCAUGGCCGACACCCUGCACCACAUGGGGGUGUCCAUCCGUGGAGACAUUGUGGCUGUCAACAUAGUGGAGAUGGACGAGGAGGAGCUGCAGGAUGUCCCUGCCACCCAGAACCAAGGCUUGGUGGCAGAGGAGGAGGAGGAUGAGGAAGAGGAAGAGGAGGAGGAGGAGGAGGAGAAGGAGGAGGAGCCUGAGUGUGGCCUGACACGGGUUGACCGCAGCAACGUGGUUGAAAGCCUUUCAUUCCCGUUACAGGUGAAGGUGGACGAGUGUCGUCGUGUCAACCUGGACAUCACCACACUCAUCACAUACGUGUCAUCUCUGAGUCACGGCCGCUGUCACCUGACGUUCCGUGAGCCGGUUCUGACGGAGCAGGCGGCUCAGGAGCGCCGCGAGGCCGUGCUACCGCGACUUGACGCCUUCAUGGAGGGGAAGGAGCUGUUCGCCUGUCGCGCUGCCGUCACCGACUUCCAGGUGAUCCUGGACACGCUGGGCGGAGCUGGAGAGAAGGAGCGCGCUCAGAAGCUGCUGUCACAUGUGCAGGUGGUGGAUGAUCGACCGUCGGAGCGGACUCUCCGUCUCACUCCGAGUACGAAGGUGAACCGCCGCUCGCUGCUGAUCUUUGGCACCGGGGACUCGUUGCGUGCUGUUACCAUGACGGCCAACAGCCGCUUCGUCAGGGCGGCGGCCAAUCAGGGUGUCCGAUACAGCGUGUUCAUUCAUCAGCCAAGGGCUCUUACAGAAGGCAAAGAGUGGAGGGCCACGCCCAUCUGACGACUGCAGGGGCUGCUGGGAAUCUGACUCGCAUCAUAUUCAAAGUGUAAAUAAUCAAUAAAGCACCUGGUGACUGGAGCUGCUCUGUGAUUGGUUACAACAGGCCACACCUUUCACAUUAAAGCUGACCGAUUAACAGUGAAGGGAAGGAACACAAUCCAAAUACUUCACUCCAGUACUACACUACAGGUACUACACUAGAUGUACUACACUAGAUGUACUACACUAGAGGUACCAGACUAGAGGUACCACAAUAGAGGUACUACACUAGAGGUACCACAAUAGAGGUACUACACUAGAGGUACCAGACUAGAUGUACUACACUAGAGGUACUACACUGGAGGUACUACACUAGAUGUACCACAAUAGAGGUACUACACUAGAUGUGCUACACUAGAGGUACCAGACAAGAUGUACUACACUAGAGGUACUACACUGGAGGUACUACACUAGAUGUACCACAAUAGAGGUACUACACUAGAUGUACUACACUAGAGGUACUAAACUAGAGGUACUACAGUAGAGGUACUACCCAAGAGGUACCACACAUGUACUGGAGCACUUUAACUUUUACUGCUUACAUUUAACACACAUCUGCAUUUGCUUCUGACAGUUUCAAAGCAGGGUUUGGUUUCAGUGUAUUUUAUUAUAAUUGAUUAUUUUGUGUAAUUAACAGACUGGUUUUCACCUUGGAUGAAACAUUAAGGGUUCUUCUACCUUUACCAAAGAAUAUGUUUGUCGACUGGAGGAGAAGAUGCGGGAACCUCAGUAUAAAAAUAAACUAUUAAAAUUUUACCAAAGUCAAUUAAACAUGUCAACUAAAGAUAAAUAUUUACUUCGGUUAUGGAGACAUUGUGUUAAUGUUCAGAGGGUUUUACAGUAAAAGUACUCAUACUGCAAGUGUACAAAUACUCAAACCUUAACGAUACUAAAUACACGUGUUUUCAUCUGAAGUUUGGUGGGUUAAUUCUGAUCAGGUUGUUUUAAUGUUUCAACUCAUUUUAAUGACAAUAUAUUUAAAUGUCUUUGAUUACAUGCGAAAAUAUAAAGAUGUUUUGACUCCA